GUCAUCACUGUCCAGUUCAUCUUGAAGGACAUACCUAUGUUUUGCUGUCUCUCCCAUCGUUUCACUCAAACAAUGUUACCUAAUCAAAUCAACAUUAUCACCAUUCUCCGAACAACAUCAAUUUCAAUUCAAUCAAAACCAAAAUGUUUCAUUCUCAAAAAACACUAUUGUCUAUGGUCAAUGAAAAAAGACCCAGAAUUAGAAUCAGCACUAUCACGAAAUCGACGCUGGAUAAUCAACAAUCAAAUCAAAAACAUUAUCCUUCGUUACCCAAACAACGAAAUCCCAAUCGAAACUCUUCAGAAGAAAUUCAAAACCCUAGAUCUUCAAGGUAAAGCCCUAAAUUGGAUUUCUAAAUACCCUUCUUGUUUCGAUUUUCAUCAACGUCAUGUUCGUCUUACAAAACGCAUGAUUGAACUUGUUAAUGAAGAACAAUCGAUUAAGGAUUCUCUUGAACCUGUUUUUGUUAAGCGUCUUGCGAAAAUUCUCAUGCUUUCGGUUAAUAAUACUUUGAAUGUGCUUAAAAUUAAUGAGAUUAAGAAUAGUUUAGGGUUUCCUGAUGAUUAUUUGAUUAGGAUUGUGCCGAAAUAUCCGGAUUUGUUUCGAAUUGUUAAUGAGAGUGGGAGGAGAAGUUCUAUGGCGAUUGAAUUGAUUCAUUGGAACCCUGAUUUUGCUGUUUCGGAAGUUGAAGCUUUAGCGUUGAAGAACGGAGGAAAAAAACCGAAUUUUUCGUGUUGUUUGCCUUCGAGUUGGGUGAAAUCGUUGGAAAAGUUUCGGGAUUUUGAAUCGGUUCCUUAUGUUUCGCCUUAUUCGGAUCCGAGAGGGUUGGUCGAAGGGUCGAAGGAAAUGGAGAAAAGGAAUGUGGGUUUGGUUCAUGAGUUGUUGUCAUUGACUCUUUGGAAGAAAGUUUCAAUUAUGAAAUUGGGUCAUUUUAAAAGGGAGUUUUUUUUGCCUGAUAAGUUGAAUGUGUUGUUGCUUAAGCAUCCUGGGAUUUUCUAUGUUUCUAAUAAGUAUAGGAUUUAUACUGUUCUACUUAGAGAAGGGUAUGUUGGGUCUCAAUUAGUUGAUAAGGAUCCUCUUGUGGUUGUUAAGGAGAAAUUUGGGGAAAUUAUGCAAGAAGGACUUCAUGAGUAUAACCAAAGGCGGCGUCUUAUUAAUAUCGAAAAGAAGAGAAGCAAAGGUCUGCCUUUGACUAGGGUGGAUGAGGAUCACAUGAAUGGUAGAAGAAGGAGAAGAAACAGGGUAGUUUCUGACGAAGAUGAUGAGGUUGAUGGAGAAAAUGGUAAUAAGUUGGGAGGGUUGCUUGACCCUGAAGAAAGAAAAAGGUUUUAUAAAGUUCUUUUUGAUGAUGAUGGUUCAUGAAUGAAGAUUUGCUUAGCCUAAGUGUGGUACAUGGAACAGUGUUUUUAAAACCAAACCCAACAAAACUGGACAGGGUUUAACUGCCCGAAGCUUCAACCGUUUUUCAACAUUGUUUUUGCGGUUUGACUUCAGUUUGUCCUGGUUUAAGAUGGUUGAGUCUGACUAAAAAAGAAGUCUCUCGUUCAAUGUUCGGUUGUUUUUGGGGUUUGACUGCAGUUUUGUUGCGGUUGAAUCUGAUCAAAAACAGAAGCCUCGUCGGUUCGAUGUUCAUGUAUUUUUUAAAACAUUGAUGUGGAACAGAUAGUAUUAUGCAGGUGAUUGCAUUGCACUGCAUCCUAUCUUUCCUCAAAAUUGAAUUAGGCUUGUCUUACUAAAUAGUCAGUAAUGCAGAAAUAGUCUUCAAACUUUCAUUCUAGGUUGAUUGGGAUGAUUUUGAGUCUCAAUGGACUGUAUUAAAUGAUUUGUUAGUAAUUUGUUCUCUGUUAGAGGUUUAGAGAUUUAGGGGCAGAUUAGUUGUAGCAGUUUCAAGGUAUUGGAAUUUUCCUAUGUUUUAGGCCAGGAUAUAUUUAUCAAGUGGAUGCCAUUUUAUUUGUC